UUUCAUGUUUCCAUAUUUUCUAUUUGGAAGAAAUGUCACAGCGAUUCCAGCAAUUGGUUAUUUAUCGUUGAGUUAAAUUAUGCAAUAAACAGAUUGAACAAAGUUUGAGUUUAUUGCAGUAGUAGGUAAUUAUUGGUCUGGUUUGGUGAAAAGAUAUAGUGAGGAGUUUUCAACUCUACACCAAAUUGGCAAAUAUUAUGUAUCAUUGGCAAUUGAUCGUGACUGCCACGUCAUCACACACAUAUAGAGCAUGCAGCCAUGCACAGUAUUUCAAAGUUCAGUCAUCAUUGCCUACCAUCGCAUCGUAUGUUUAUUUACAAAAUUAAUUAAUUCAAGUGUACACACAGCACAAGUUCCCCACUCUCCACACCUCCAUCAUUAUUUAAAAUUAUACAUAGAAAAAACAUAUCCAUGUCAUGAUAUAUGACAGAACAGAACUAAGUCCAAAGUAUUUCAUAUAUAUAAAAAAUUGGAACAGCUGCACUGUUGACUGAUGUUUCCCGCCAAGUCCACGUGGCAGUGUGGACCCCAGACACAAGUCAAAGUCAUCCCUUCACUCUGCCCCCCUUUCUUUUUAAAGUCUGCUCAUUUUCUCACGCCUCGAUUUAAUUUGAUUCUGCCAUUUGUGAGCUUCAGUGAAGCAGCAGCAGCUCUGCUCUUUACUGAUCCUCACAAAAUUUUCAUCCAAUUCUCUAUUCAUCUUUUUUCUUAAUUCAUUUAUGGAAGAAUUAGGACACAACUUUGUCAAAAUCUCCGAGCAUGUCGUCACAACAGAUAAGCUCGCCGACCGCCGGAGGUCCGGCGGCCGUCGCCGCAAAGUCGUCAGAAUAAUAAUCGCCGACGCCGACGCCACUGAUUCGUCCGGCGACGAGUCGGACGGCGCCGUGCGCCGAGUCAGGAGACACGUGGCAGAAAUCAAGUUCAACGAUCCGCCGGCGAGGCUGGUUCCGGCCGGAAAACGGCAGUGGAAAUCGGCGGCCGACGCCGACGACGAGGCCCCCCGCCGGAAAAAAUUCCGCGGCGUGAGGCAGCGGCCCUGGGGGAGGUGGGCGGCGGAGAUUCGCGACCCGACCCGGGGAAAACGGGUCUGGCUGGGUACUUACGACACGCCCGAGGAGGCCGCCGCCGUUUACGACGGAGCCGCAGUGAGACUGAAAGGCCCCGACGCCGUCACAAACUUCCCGAGAGCCGCGGCGGCGACGGAAUCCGUGACUACGGCGGAGAGCGACGGCUUCUCCGACGCUGUCUUGUCGCCGACGUCCGUCCUGCGGUACGACGACGAGGCGGCGCCGCCGUCCGACGGGAGGUUGUACGACGUCGCUGGGUCGGAAGUGGACUGGGCGUUAACUUUCGCCUCCGCCGGCAACAAUUACGCCGAUGAGUUCGGCGAGCUCGACAUUGAUGACUUCAUCAAUGACCUCAGGUGACGUCAUCCUUGUCGGCUGUGGCCUCUCGUGAUUGGUCGGCAUUCUUGUGACGUGGCAAUGGCGGGAAAUGUCAACAAUGUUUCGCGGCGAUUUUUGAUAGGGGCUGUUUCGUAAAUUCUGCUUUCGAGGGGAUUUGCAGUAAUAUUUUUGUGAGUUGUUGUAACUAAACUUGAGUCAUUAAUAGAUGUAUUUAAGGGAAAAUAACAAAAGAAAUAUUAUUGGUGAAUAGUGUAAAUUUAAAGUUUUGGUGCACUUAAUCUCAAUUUUUAUAUAUAAAUAUAAAAAGUAUAUUGGAUUUAAUUA